AUGGCGACUGGAAAGUUAUCAUUCACAGAUCUCCAGAAUCCUCUCUUUUUACACCCAUCUAACACACCUCUCUCAAUCAGUGUGCCAAAACUACAAGGUGCGGGAGAUUACAGAUCUUGGAAAAGAUCCUUCGAAAUUCAACUUUCAGCAAAACGGAAGCUAGGGUUUGUUGAAGGUACUGUUAUAAGGAGCACAAUAGACGCCGUGGAAGCUGGUCAAUGGGAUACCUGCAAUAACAUGGUGAUAUCAUGGCUUCAUAACAACAUUUCUGAAAAUAUCAAGUCUUCUGUUUUGUUCAUAAACACAGCUAGUGACAUUCGGAAACAACUCGAGAAGCGUUUUUCGUUAACUAAUGGCUCUCAGAAGUACAAGCUGAACAGGGACUUGUUUAAUCUUAAACAAAAUGUUUCAAAAGUGAGUGAUUAUUUCACUAACAUGAGCAGCCUUUGGGAGGAAAUUGAUUCGAUGAAUGCAUUGCCUGUCAUUACUGAAGUGACCACGGAGAUUGAAAAGUUGAUGAAGGCGUUGGACCAAAUAAAGGAGGAAUCAAGGUUGUUCCGAUUCUUGAAUGGGUUGGAUGAAACAUAUGGAGCUCAACGAAGUCAACUCUCGAAACUCAAAAUCUUCGCCACCCGUUAG